UUCUUCUUCUCCAAAAAAAUCCCUAGAAAAUUCUCCAUCAAAUUCUAAGCAAAACCCAUAAAUUUUCUUUGCUUUCUGAGAAUUAUUAACCAUGGAAGCUGUGUUCAAAACCCAGAGUUCGUUCUUGAAGUUAUGGGGUUUGUUGGCAGCUGUUCUUGCUGUAGCUGUGGCUGUGAAGGGGAAUUCAGAAGGGGAUGCUUUGUACGCCCUCCGCCGGAGCUUAUCCGACCCGGGUAACGUGCUUCAGAGCUGGGAUCCGAAUCUUGUUAACCCUUGUACCUGGUUUCAUGUCACUUGCAACGGAGAUAAUCAAGUUACUCGUGUGGACCUUGGCAACUCAAAGUUAUCUGGCCAUUUGGUACCUGAGCUUGGAAAGCUUGAUCAUCUACAGUAUCUGGAGCUUUACAAAAAUAAUAUUCAGGGAACCAUCCCUAAAGAGCUUGGUAACUUGAAGAGCCUUAUUAGUCUGGAUCUGUACAACAACAAUAUUUCGGGGACAAUUCCUACUUCACUUGGAAAGCUGAAAAACCUUGUUUUCUUGCGUCUAAAUGAUAACAAGCUAACAGGACCAAUCCCAAGAGAACUUACUAGCGUUUCUAGCCUGAAAGUUGUGGAUGUCUCGAAUAAUGAUUUGUGUGGAACAAUUCCCACUUCUGGUCCAUUUGAGCAUAUUCCUCUGAACAAUUUCGAGCACAAUCCUCGACUUGAAGGUCCGGAGUUGUUGGGACUCGCUACCUACGACACCAACUGCUCUUAGAGGCUUGACGAAUAGCUUCAGAAGAAGCACCACUUUUGUGGAAGUUUAACAAAUUCCCCUCCCCUGAACCUUGGUUAUUGUUGUACUUACAGUGUGUCCAAAGUUGUAACUCUAAGCAAAGGUCUGGUGUAUGUAGGUUAUUACUAAGUUAAGGAAUGUGUGUAAAACAAUCUCUAUACCGCUACCAACUGUUGAUGUAUUUCAUAUUUCAAUGUCUAGUGAAAUGGUUCAGUGGGAUUAGAAA